UUUACUAACUUGUAACUGCCCAAUGAACAAAGGUUGAGUUUAGAGAUCGAUUGUCGAGUUGUCUAAACUCACUCUGGUUUAACCCACCCUGAAGAAAGCACUUAUAAGAAAUGAGAUUAAGUCGGCCAGUAACCACCUAAUCAUCGCCCUAGUCAUGCCUCGAACGCCUCACGUGUGCUUUUCCAGCAUGUGUGAUCAAGUCGAUCCAUGCCUAGUGCUCGAUAAAAUGGAUUGGUUGCGAAGGCAGCAUCUACAGAUCCAUUCGCGGAUGAUUUUUCUCGAAUCUAUACCAUCUUUCAUAGACUUGAAUUCUCGGGUUAACCACAUGUUAACCACGACAGUAUUCGACGUCCACAUCCGUCUCAUGCGCUACGAACUCACUGUGACGCUUGUUGGUAAACUUCAUUUUGUAUGUUUUACCCAAGAUGGUGCAUCUGAUUCUGUUGGGGUAAAAUCGCCUAUUUGCUGCUCACUCAACAGACUCAGAUAGUACAGUGUCAUCAGAAAAAGCAAACUGCACACAUGGAACCUUAUGUGUUCCUCUGGCAGAUAUCGUCUCUAUUGGUGGACAUUUCUAAAUUUGCCUAAGGCGAUACAUGUUAUGUCCGCUAGAGAAACCGCAUUCUGAGGCACUCGCCUUCGCCCAAGACUGUCUUAUGAUUAUCGCUGAUACGAACAUGGGUUACAUACUUCUCUACCCUUAGAAGUCUUUCGAUCCGAAUCUCGGGACGAGAUUCUUUUAAGGGGGGAGGAUUGUAACACCCCAGGUGUUUAUAUUCCGCUCGACAACGAGUACGGAUUUAAGCACGUAAUCAGUGGAUAAAAUGGAUUUUUAAAUUCUAAACAUCUUCGUCUAUCGCGAUUUUUAUAUCGCAUCGGUGUCGUCUGUCGCGAGCGCGACAUCGUUUUUAUUUCUAUCUAUCCGGGCUCUUCCUAAAAUUUUCGUGAUGUUCGGAACAUAUUUGUUCCGAAAAUCGGUGCGUCCGGUGAUUAUUUAAAAUUCAUCGUUCGCGCGAAUACGAAUUCGGAAGCCCGACUCACUCGGAUGAUUUUAUCUCGGACAAAUUCAGUUGAACUUGACGACUAAAUUGUUCGGGGUAAAAUAAUUCAGCUCGCGCGAAAUUGUGCGUGGGGUUUGGAUCCAACUUAUCCAUCCGCACACUGUUUUAGCGACGAAAUCAUGUGUGCAUUAGCCGAUAUGGUUCUGGCUAAUAUUAGUCGAAUCACGCAGAUUAAAAUACCGAAGCUGAAAUCCAUUUGAUUCGGUAUGUUAUUUCUCGCCUCGGUCUCAAAUUAGAUUUUCGUGGCUCGUGUCGUAAUAAUUCAGACUACGGAUGAAUUAUUAAGUUUCGAAUCAAAUCAACUAUGUUUAGGCAUCGGGUAAAUUUUUAUCCGAUUUCGACUAAACUAGUAUGGUCUCAGAAUAAUGUAUCUGAUAUCUAGUUCGUUUCCGUGUUGUCCGAAACAGUCACGAAAAUUAUCUGAUUUUAGGAGUACUCACCAAAUCAAAUCCUAUCUAAUUUUUCUUUUAUGCCUGAUAUUGUUUUGGGCCAAUUUAUUUGUAUCUCUUUUAAACCUUAGUCCUAUUAUCCACUUACUUUUAAGUCUCCAUUAACGAAAAUGGGGGAAAUCCCUUUAUUACUUCAACCCAUGUCACGCUUCAAGCCUUGUCUUCUAUCGACAUUAUCUUCAGCCACCACACAGCAGGUCACGUAAAUCUCCUUCUCACGUCUCUUGCUCCCUUGUUCUUAUCUCAAGCCAUCGUAAUAUCCUAGAUUCCAGUACACGUGCCAGCUCGGGAAUUCUCUCUGCAUUCUAUCACAACACGUCAUCAGCCAUGCAGAUCAAGUUCUUGAUAAGUUUUAGUGUUCGCCUCUGUGUACAUAAAUGCACCAUGCGCAUAAGCUCAGCUCGCCGGUCGAGCUCCCUGCUUCCAUGGCCCUCGGCUUCUCCAGCUGCCGGUGCUUGCCCUCUGCCAUGGCCGCGCCGGAUUGAAGCCCCUGCCAUGGCACUUCGCUUCCUCUGCGACGUUCUCCUCCCUCUAAUCUUUCUGCUCGCCGGCAGUAAUAUCCAGUCGCGCCCUGGGUUUGCCCGAAGCUAUGCGCGCCCGGUCGAUCUCCCUGCUCCAGCGCUGCGCCCGACUCCAGCCAGCUCUGCUCCUCUUUCUCUCUGCUCGGCGUCCUUCCUCUGCCCGCUGAGUCCCUCCAUCGCCUGGCCGCGCCCAGCUUCUUUGCUCCGUGCGCGCGCCUGCUCCUAUGCGGCGCGGAACUUCCUCUGCGUCCAGGUCCCUCAGCUCGCGUCCAUGCCGCGGCGUCCUGGUCCCUACUUGACCGUGUCACUCUGCGCUCGCGUCGCUGUCUGGUUCCGAGCGCCUGGGUCUUCUUUCCCCUGCGCUCGGUCAUAGUCGCUGCGAGCCUGCGAGCCGUGAAACUCCCUGUGUCGAGCUCGGAUCCCUGCGCAGCGGAGCUUUUCCCCUAGCCAAGAUCGUCAUUGCGCGCAGAUUUUCUUUGCUGCUCGCCGCGCUCGAUUCGUCGUGCGCUGGGCGCUGUCCGGCGCCGGUAUUCGCCGACCCCGCCUCACCAUGGGUGUGUGUCAUCAAUCUCGCCCUGUUCUGUCCACUCGAUGUCGCGUGCUUCUGUGUCGUUUGCUACGCUUGGCACAUCCGUGUCAUUCGUGUUCGACAUGUCCCCGGCACGGUUGUUUGCAGCUGCUCGGAUAAACUUCUCUGUUUCGGCGUGUUCGCCAUCGACCGCCCCCGGUGCUCGACGAAUGGCUGGAACCCGGAAUUCGUCGUCGUUUCUCAUCCGCGAUCUCGUCAACCUCUGCUCGACAAGUGUUCGAUGAAGGGCCUGAGCCAAGUGUUGUUGCUACUUCCACGAAUUUCUCAUCGAAUUGGUACGUUAAUUAAUCACGCGAUGCGGAAGACGAACCAAGUCGAUCCCAAGCGCGGGCUAAUCCGCAGGAUGAUGUUGAUGGACAAUCCGGAAGAUGGAUAGACGAAACAAGUAUCAGAACAAGGAUGAUCGUCAAGUGGACAUCGUCUAACAACACUAACCUAGUGUUUCUUCCAGACAAGCCCCGGUGCAUGCAACCCCUUCCUUGUGUUUUUAAAUUAUUUUUGCACACUUUAAGUCUAGUGAAAUGUGCAUUAGGUUUAUAGAAGUUGCUUGGAAACCCUUCGAUGCAUUGCCUACCUUGAAAUCCAUCCCUUUUAUAGAUACUUCUGGUGAAGUAUCAAAAUAUGAUUUACAAAAAAAAUGCUUAGCCCUGCUUAUAGGCAGAUAGAGUUUGUCCUUUGCACUUAUGCCUAGCUCAGGUUGAUCCUGAGGAAGGAUGAUCUCUACCUGCACGGAUAUUUUCAUUGGGAGCAUGGUGGGAUCUUACUGUAAAGUUCCCUAUAAUGCUCUUUUCAUCCUUAGAAACACAAAACAAUCCUAAGGGUGGAAGUACUUAACUCGAGACUUGGGCUAGGAACAGAUGAUGUUCCGUCCGGGUCAAUUAAGGAUUGGAUGCGUAUGUAGGCCUGAUAGAUCAAGGACUAUCUUAACUAGCCACAUGCCCUGGAAAUGGGACAGGGUAAGCUUGAACCCGGCUAUUCCAUAUGUGAAAAGACAACCGCGCACUGGGCGUGGGAGAUGGUGGGAGUAGCGUGUGCCCUCCUGGCUAGAGGCUGGAUGGAGGAGUACUGUGCUCCCGGGUAGCGCGGACCGGUUCACGUUGUGGAGGAUCUGUGGGAACGGUUGACAUAUGCAAGGGUUAAGUGCUACAUAUGUCGUGUGGUUAGAGAUCCUCAGCUGAGUAAAUCGAUUCGGAUCGCCGUUAUAUCCCCGGAGAGUGGAGACUUGAUCACUGACCUGCAACCUAAGUCAGGAUGUGAAUCUCAUGAAUAAAAAUGAUGUUGUAUUGAUGAUAUGGUGAAAGUAGACCAUAUGCAAACAAAGUCUAUUAAUAUUUAAUUUGGCGUUAAAAUAUUGGAAGUAAGGACUCACUUUAGUAAGCUAUUUCUGCAAAAGUAUCUAAGUUGAUUCUUGCUAAAGCCUCUCCUUGAUUCCCAAAUCCAGCAUACCCUUGAGAGUCUUUUCUUUAGUCGGGUAAGUCUUGCUGAGUAAUUCCAUACUCAGGGUUUUAUUCCCUGUUGUUUUUCAGGUUCUAUCUUUGUGCUGCUUUUGAUGGUGUUAAGUGCCGGUGGGCUCGGCCUUCUUAUAUAAGUAUAACCCGUCUUUAUCUUCUUACUGAGGAUGGUCAUUUGAGCUAGCAUAUAUUUCAAACUUAUACUUUUGUAAUCACUCCGAUAAAAUAAUAUAAAUUUUUUGUAACUUGUAAUAUUUGGUAAUAAGAUUUCCGCUGCAAAAAUAUUGGUGUGUGUGAUUUGUGUU